CUAGAAGAGAUCGACAAUGCCUCGCUAUGAUGAUAAGUAUGGCAAUACUCGCCUCUAUGUUGGUCGCUUGUCCUCACGGACCCGUUCACGCGAUCUGGAGCGGGUUUUCAGCAGAUAUGGAAGGUUUUUUGGGUUUUUGCCAAACCCGGAGGUCUGUGGUGGGAGGGUGGCCAUGGUGGAAUUGGUGGAAAUUCCUACCUGAGUGUUGACUUUGGCGAUUCUUUCUGUAAUGUUAUUGCGUGUUUUUAUGGAAUUGGCAACAAUCACAAACUGGUGUUUAGUUCGUCUUUGAGGGGCGAAGUAUCAUACAGUUCCAGUAGUUAAGUAAUGAUGGCCUUACUGUUUAUGGAAACCAUUUCCGCAGAGUUCGAGAUGUGGAUAUGAAGCAUGAUUACGCCUUCGUUGAAUUUAGCGAUCCUCGAGAUGCUGAUGAUGCAAGAUACAAUUUGGAUGGGCGUGAUGUUGAUGGAAGUCGUCUUAUUGUGGAAUUUGCAAAAGGGGUUCCUCGGGGUUCCCGCGACUCUCGGGAUUCUCGGGAAUAUUUGGGUCGAGGUCCACCUCCUGGUUCUGGACGCUGCUUUAACUGUGGCAUUGAUGGCCACUGGGCUAGAGAUUGCAAAGCUGGGGACUGGAAGAACAAGUGUUACCGCUGUGGGGAGAGAGGUCAUAUAGAAAAAAACUGCAAGAACAGUCCCAAAAAGUUGAGCAGCAGACAUGCACGGAGUGUUUCACGUUCUCCAGGCAGGUCUCGUUCUCCAGCCAGGUCACGUUCUCCAGUCAGGUCACGUUCUCCUGCCAGAUCACGUUCUCCUGCCAGAUCACGCUCUCCUAGGCGCGGCAGAAGCCGAAGCUACAGCCCAGCUCGCAGCUAUAGCCGAUCAAGAUCUCCUGUCAGAAGAGAUAGGAGCCCAGUUGCUGAUGAUAGAUCACGGAGUCCUCCACCCUCCAAGUCAAGGAAGUAUAGUCGAUCUCCUGAAGGCAGUCCUCAAAAGAGCACAUCACCUGGGAAUGAUAGGGUGGUUGCAACCCAAGAUGGGUCUGAUUACAGUGAUGGUCCUAAAGUGAAGAGCAGAAGCCCCUCAAGAGACAAUGAAGAUAGCCCUAAGGCUAAUGGGCGUAGCCGAAGCCGUAGCCGCAGCCCCAGGGAUGAGGAUAGGAGCCCCAUAGAGGAUGAUGACAACAACCGCCGCUCUCCAUCACCUUAGAAGUAUUUUUCCUUAUAAAAACGAGCUCAGGACGUGGCCAGGAUAUUUAUAUGCUUUGUUUGUCAAAUGCACUAUAUCCAAUUUUUUUUGAAAGAAACUUAAUUUAUGCUUUAGUUAUGAACAACAGUUUUAUGUAUGUUAUAUUUAAUUUUAAACCUCUUGGUUGUGACA